CGUCACCGUGGCCGCGGGAGCUGCGCGCUCUCGCCUCGCCAGAGCUGCUGCUGCUGCAGGAGAGAGACGGAGCGGCGGUGCUGACAGCUAUGGACGUGUUUAUUUCUGCUGGAUAGCGCUGUUUUCCGCCCACAUGAAAAGGUAUCCAGACGGCCCAGUCAUCCUCCGAGAGUGAAGAACAAAUGCCAGUCCGCUGAAGACGGAGGGAUUAAAUCUGGAAUCUGACCCAGCAGGCUGCUGUAACUAUGGGGAAUCAGCUGACCGACAUGGCUCCCAACACGUCGUUCCUGCCAAAUUUGCAGACCCUACACGUCGUGGUGGUGGGGCUGGACUCUGCCGGGAAGACGUCUCUCCUUUACCGACUCAAACUGAAGGACUUUGUGGAGACCAUCCCGACAAAAGGUUUCAACAUGGAGAAGGUGAAACUAGCCGUGGGAGGCUCACGUGUCAUUAACUUUCAAGUGUGGGAUGUCGGCGGGCAGGAGAAGCUGCGCCCGCUGUGGAAGUCGUACACCCGCCGCACGGAUGGUAUCGUGUUUGUUGUGGACUCCACAGAGGUGGAACGCAUGGAGGAGGCCAAAGUGGAACUCCACAAGAUCACCCGCACCUCUGAGAACCAGGGUGUACCCGUGUUGAUCCUGGCCAACAAGCAGGACUUGGACUCUGCCUUGGCGCUCAGCGAGGUGGAGAAGCUUCUGUCUGUUCACGAGCUGAGCAUGUACACCUUGUAUCACGUGCAAAGUUGCAGUGCCGUGGACGGUCAAGGGGUCCAGCAAGGCCUGGAGAGGCUCUACGACAUGAUCCAGAAGAGAAAGAAGAUGCAGAAACACAAUCGGAACAGAAAAAGAUGAAGCUGCUACGACGACACUCUUUGGAGAUUUAUCCGCUGUUGGGACACUUCCAGGCUUAAUGAUCCCUUCUAAUUGGGUAGAGCGAUCCGUGCCAACAAAACAACAUUUACACGCUGCCUUGGGGUCAGCAGGAAUAGAUUUGGUCAUUAUAUGCGAAGCAGUAUUGACAUUCACUUUGUUCUACAAUCCUGACGCUGUCCCCUCGAAUGCUUACUCUAUAGAUUUAAGGAAAACGUUUGCUCUCUAUUUUCCCCUCAAGUGCAUUUUCUAUCCUUGUCUUAAAGAAGAUUUCACACUUGCGAUGUGAAGGACUCGUGUACGGACACUUUCUCCUUCUGCGGCACUAAUAGAAGAUAGCACACUCCCUCACUGGCUCGCAAAGAACAUGCACCUAAGAGAUAGUUUCACUAUGGAUGCAUCCGAAAUAUAUUUAUUCCUUCUGUGUGUGAGCUGGAAUCUGAUGGAGGCAUGAUGGAGAAGAGAUCAGUGGUUUUACUGCUGUGGACAUUGAAGAUCAGUUUACUAGAUGAAUAGUGUUUAUACAAAUUGUGCAUUUUUGUAACAAUUAAGACUUAAUAAAUGAAAGCACUGUUCUGGAGUU